AUUUCUAUGAUAAAAGUCAGAGACAAUAGAUUCUUUGCCUUCCAGGCUUGUUGUAAACACAGCUAUCUGGCAGCAGUCAAAAGCGAACUAAAUGGCCUAGAAACCGAACGCUUAUUCUUUGGCUAGUUGGGUGCAUCAAAGGUGCUCGUGUUUCCACAAAGAAUUGGCGGGCAGUCUGACUUCUUUUUGUGGAAGUAGAGCUGCGAUUUUACUUGCGAGAUGCAGCUUGCUGGAAAUAUCGGCUCUGAGUUUGUAAAAUCAUAGGGACAUGGAAAAUUGUAAUGCAAGCUGACUGCAGGCUAACUACUUCCGAUUAAAUCAAACCGAAAUUAACAAAUCAUACCUAAUUUAUUUUGAAUUUAGUUUUAUGGCAGAGCUGGUAGGUAUUUAAAGCGAAAGUGCGAAGUAGACUGAGGCUUAAUGAUUAGUAACCACAUCGAGUGAGCUCUGCAACCAAAGACAAGGACGCGUAAUCGCCCACUCUUUUAUCUUCAAAUUCUAAAACUAUUGCCAAGUAAUGACAGCCAAGCAAUUGCCAGUGGAUAUAUCGAAUUAGCUCAUUUUCCAAUUGUGAGGCAUCGAAUCAGCUUUUUUGUCAAGUGCGAGGGAGUUUUGCAAGAAUUAUAAAAGCUUGUUGUAUUUAGAUCAUGUUAGCUUUGGCAUGAAACCUGGAACCAAUCAUGAGUCAGAUACCAUCCCCCAGCUAUCCCGGGCAUGCAGAAAGUUUCCAUUAUAGCACACCAAUGGCACGAGGCCAAGGACAUUCUACCCUGAGAAAGUUUCUUGCAGACCUUAAAAGUCGAAAUUUUGAUUCCAUCAAAUAUGCCACAUACAGAACAGCAGCAAAGUUGUUUUACAUCCAGCGCUCAACCAACUUGAAUCUGAUCGAUAUCUACAACAUGAUUGAAGCCUUUAGAGAGAAUGGCCUUAAUACACUUGAGUACAAUGCAGAAAUAGACGAAGCUCGCCUGGAGUGCAUAGUUGCAAGUGUUUUCUAUGCCCUUUAUAAGAGGUUGCCAUCUUCCAAUGAUAUAGAUGUGGAGAACAACAUUGUUAGCCUAACUCAAUGGAUUAUGCAUGCCUAUGAUCGAAAUAAUUCCGGAAGAAUUCGAGUGAUAUCCAUAAAGACUGCACUCACGAUGUUAUGCAAUGGAAGACUUGUUGACAAAAUGCGGUACAUUUUCACGCAAAUUUCUGAAUCAAGUGGUAUUUUAAAUGUAUCAAGGUUCGAAUUUUAUCUCAGGGAACUUUUGACUCUGCCUGCUGCCGUUGGAGAAGAACCAAAUUUUAGUUAUGAGGAAGGUGGUUAUCAAGAAUUUUUUAAACCCAGUGGGAUGAUGGACCCAAACAGUGCCAAUUUGGAGCAGUUUUUGCAGUCAAUGAUAGCAGAACGAGCUUCUGGUACUUUAUUUUGGGUUCACAUGUUGCACAAGCUAAUGCGUGCAUAUGCAGUUGAACAUCAGAUACAAUGCAAAGCUUGUGGCAGAAAACCGUUUAAUGGAUUAAGAUACAAGUGUCUGGAAUGUUAUAAUUAUCACAUAUGUCAGGACUGUUUCUGGCGGGAAAAAAAAUCUGGCUCUCACACCAGUGAUCACGACGUCAGAGAAUAUUCAACAUGGAAUAAAGGAGAGAAAGGGAAUUCGGUAAGACGAAGAUUUCUAUGUUCCCCAACAAGAACUUCGAACAAGCUACCCGAUUACCCGAAGGAGCCAGAGCCAAACAAGACCCUUGACAUGAGCAAUAUAAUCCCAGCCAUGCCGCCAGAUAUUGCUUCACCAAUGGGAACGAUGAACAGUCGCAUGUAUUCAGAUCAUGAAAGCCCAAACAGCACUUUAUCAUUUAAAAGCUCAAAUGGUGAAGUAAGCGGUAUCAUGUCCCAAGAAUCCGUGGGUCGAAUGGAUGACGAACACCGCUUAAUAGCAAGAUAUGCUCAAAAGCUAGCAAGCCACAGCGCGGAAUCGGCAGGAACCAGUGGCGAGAUUUCGAAAGAGCAACGGGAUAUGAUUGCUAAUUUAGAAGAGAGAAAUCGUUCAUUGCUUCGUGAAAUACGGAAGCUUAAGGUGGAACACGACCAGACAGUGAAAAAUGCCCAACAGGCUGGGACGAGCCCUACUGUACUGACAGAGUUAAAAGUUUUGCGGCAGCGUAAAGAUGAACUGGAGAUGCGCAUGCUAGCUUUACAAGAGACACGCCGCGAGCUGAUGGUGCAACUGGAAGGCCUGAUGAAGUUGCUUAAGAAUAACCAGUCAUCUCCUCGAGGCUUGCAGCGCAAUCUGUCUCUUCGUGAAAGAGCACUAGGAACACUUCCGAGAGGCAGCCAAAGCCAAUCCCCAACACAUUCACAACAACCUUCUGGUUCGCUCAGCGGCGUCAAUGGAGAUGUAAGAGAGGCGUUUGGCAAACGCCCGGGUCAAGAUUCCUCUUGCCGAAAUCUCAGAGCAGAUUUACUUCAUGCUGUUGAUGAUAUCACUUCGGCGAUGUCUGUGCUGGUUGAUGAGCUAAGCAAAGAUGAAGCAGAAGAGAACGACCAAUCAUCAGUUGUAUCGGAGCAAUCAUCCACUCAGAAAUACGAGCAAUUGACACGUGAUCUCGACUUGAUUAUGAAUGAGCUUUCUGCAACUCAAGCCAGCCAAGAUGUCGCUGAACUUAGAAAUGCAGUCAUCACAUAUUAAUCCCACACAGAGAGUAUCCUUCGACAGCUGAUUAAUGUGUUUUUUAAUUUUAAUGUAUUGAAAAUAUAGCGCUGCAUUUUGCUACAAUGGACGUCCUUACAUAUACUAUAUUCAGAAAUUGUAACGAACAUUUUAACUAUAUGCAUGAACUGUAUAAACAUUCCUUUAUCAGUCCUAAGUAGCCUGCGUGCAGACUCUAUGGAGGAGAAUAAAUAGGAUUUUUUCUCCUCCGUAUAUUCUGCACGCAGGCUAGUCCUAAGUGGCUAAAGGGAAAAAAGAAUGGCUGAAGCAAUAAAGGUCAUUAAAACGCUAUUUAAAUGUUUGCAGUGACCAGUGCUUUAAUGUGUGUUCACUUGUGUACAAGUUUUUGUGUGUCUGUGUGCUUCAUUGUGUGCUUUUAUACUUGAUGGGAAAUGAUGGUGAAGUGCAUUUUGGUUGGGAGCAGAUCAUCGAAAAAUUGCCCCAGAGCUAUAGAGAAUAAAGAGCCAAGAAAUUUAAAGAAAGGGAACAAACAAAUAAUCAAUUCGUAGACCCUUCAAUUUCUUUUCGGUGCACUUUUGUGAAUGCAUAACUUACAGUUCUUCAUUAGAAGCUAAUUAACCAUGCUUUCCUAGGCUGAAAAUGUGUGUUCAAAAUUUCUAGGACCUUUGGUUUAGCAGGUUUUUUAUUAAUUAGGCUUUUUGAGUAACUUUACUAGCCAACUCAUUCAGAUGGCGGCCUAGUUACGUUACCUUGGUGCAGGCUUUUGUAAAUAAAACUGCAUUUUUAUACAUCUCGUGUGUUAUUCUAAUAAGUUUGUCAAUUCAUUUCUAAUAUUGCUUAUCAUAUCACCAUAUAUCUCGUGUAUUGUAAUGUAUAGUUGUUAUUUUGCCUCCGCGUAUCACUGAGCCAAGCUUUCUCUGGAUGCUUUCAUGUCUUUAAUUCCUGACUGGAGCUCUCCUAUACUGAAAAAUACUAUCCACAAAGUACUGUUCCACUUGUAACCCAGUUGUUCCACUUCUUUUAAAUGUUCGCCUAAUGUUUUUUUUAUUUAAGCAAUUAAAACAUUAAGGCUAGGCAACAACCACUUCAUAUGGUGCCAUUCAUAGAGGGAAAAGACACAAGGUCAUCGAGUUACCUCAUAAAUGGCACUUACAAUAUAUUUAACCAUUUUGUCACUCAAGCCAACAAAGGGACAAGGAACAAAACAAAAAAAAGUUAUUUAGGUUAUUUAGCCAAAAAAAAGAAAAUAUAAUUAUAAAAAAUAAAUAUGGGGUAGCUGCAUUCAGUCAAAUCGUUUUGUUUCUUCCAGAAAGGACAUUGUAGCUUCCAUAACUAUUCUGUUAGCAAAUACAUUCAACUGUGGAGAUUGAGAUUGAGUCGUAGAAGCUGGGGGAAGAUAUUAGAGGUAAAUCUGCAAAAUUACAGAUGGUAACCCAGCAGCCAACCACAGGCUAUUUCGCUGUGUUGACUAGCUAUUGUGCUCAAUGUGGGUCUCCAAGUCCCAUUUGCCGACAAAUUGGGUGAGCCAUCCUGUAUUUGAAGACAAUUUGGAAAUUUGCCGACUAAGGAACCAAAGAUUGCAAAAAACUCCUCGUUUUUACAAUGGAGUUAUUUUUCAAGGGGGUGUCAUGCCCCACGCGCCCCCCUAUGGCGAUAGGCCUGUAGUUGAAAAAAAGUUUUCCUGACUUCGGUUUAAAAUAAUAACAUGCAAAUUUAACCACGUGAAUCAAGAUAAUUGCCUCGCGGUACCAGCAUUCCUUAAUUAGGAUCUCUUUUCAACUCGUUUGGCUCGUGUUCCUGUGCACAAGGGCGGAUCCAGAGCAAACUUUAAGGAGGGGCAGUUGGUAGUGGGGGCACUGAACAAUUUUCAAAAAUUGAUGAUGAGAGUACACUGUAUACAACAAUUUCAGAUCCAUCUUCAGAAUAAACAACAUAACUUUGAGGUAAUCCUUGAAGCAAAUUAACCUAUCGGUCUCGGAAAAUUUUUUCACCUGAUUCCCAUUCUUCAAAAGUGGCGCACAAUUUUCAAAAAAGGGCACACACUUUCUAAGAAAGGGGCGCCAGACUUGCUUCAACUCGUCGAGGGAGGGGCAACUGCACCUAGUUGCCCCCCCCCUUAAAUCCGUCACUGCCUGUGCAGCGGUAGAAUCAGUGCAGGAACAGGGCCAAAAGCAACAUUGGCUAGGCAAUAGGUUUCAAGGUGGCAUUUAAUGUUCUGUAAGUGUAGGCUAUGAGUUAAUCAAUCAAGCUCGGCUAAUUACACCAAAACUCUUAGUUGAACUGUCAAGUAGAUUUUGCAAGAAAACAAAUCUACGUAUCAGCAUGUUGUAGCUACCCAUGUGAAUCUGGCUGUAUAUUCAUCGUGCGCCGACACCUAUAUCCUCAGUGGAGAGCUGGCUUUGUGCUAAACUAACAAUGUACGCAGCUAGGCGGUUUCUUUUGUAGCUGUGAAGCUGCUUGCGUCGCCACCUGCAAAAUAACGGUUCUAAUCGCGAGACCAAUCAUUGACGCCCCUAAAACCACUAGCCAAUGAAAGCGAGUUUGUCUUAAAACAAACAAUAGAUUCGUGCAUUUAUUACUCUGACGUGCAUUGAUAGUCUGUAUAUCGUGUACCUUUGAUUUUUAUAUUAAAACGGGGGUUGCUCCAAGAAAGAUUAUUAAUUGAUAAAGCUCAAAACGCAAUGUAUUCACUUUUGUGAUCUUCAAUGUUUUUCGUGUUUACUUCUGGCAAAGUGAUAUGAAAACGAAAAAUGCAUUUUUUAUACCGGAGGCAGCCGAGAGACUAGAAAUAUGUUCAAAGCGUUGAAAUAUUGAAUGCACAGAUAUUGCAAUACGGAAUGCCAAAUGUGUGUUGCAAAAUUCAUGUGCUGCUGCUACAAUAUUAAUGUGUUGCCUUUUUAUUCUUUCUACACUAUUAUUUCUCUCCGAGGUUUUCUUCCCAUUCUGUACAAUUAACUUCAAAUCUUAUGCAUUAACAGGCCAUUUUAUUUUAAUCGAGUCCAGCACAUUGUUUUGCAAUACAGUACUGCGCAUGUUUAUUUUUCUUAGAUUGGAAAUUAAGGUGAAUUGUUGCCCGACAAUGUGGCCAACCUGGAAAACAUCUGAGCAACAAAUGCUGCCGGAAAAUGUUUGAGCAUUUUCAAACAUUCGAGCAAAAGAUUUCUUGACAAAAUUGUCGGCCGACAUGGUGGCUAAACUGGACAACAUUUAGCAACAUUAGGAAUUUGUGAAUGUUGCCCAACAAUGUUGCCCAGUUUGGCCAAGCUUCAACUGGUGUUACAACAAGCGUAAUGAUAAUAUGAUAUAAUGUGGAAUAAGAAGGCCAUUGGCCUAUUAAACCCUUUAGUUUCUUUUUAAGUGUAUUUACAUUUGUGGCUUUUGUUACUGCAAAAUUCGUCAAUAUAAUUUCUCAAACUCUAUUUCAAUAUAAUUUCUCAAACGCUAUUUUGCAUUCAAUAUAGUUCCUGGCCAAAUUAUUCUAAUAGCUCCUUACUAAGGUUGGGGAAUAGUUCUUACACAGGUUAGUCGCCAAAAAAGCUUUAACAAAAUAAGCUUCAAAAGCUGCAGGCUCUUUUUCCUUGUAUUUGAAGAACUUCCUUAAAAAUAUUUUACUAUCACUACCGAUCAUUCUGUGUAGAAUUUUAAAUAUUGUUAUCAUCUCAACGUUAUCUUCUAAAGAUUAGCAUUUAGCAUCUUCUGCCUACCAAGACUCGCGAUAAGCUUGCUGUUGAGUAUUCUCGAAACCAAACAACAAGAAUGUUAAGCCAUGCGCAAACAGGAGCUGGAGCAUUUGCCUGUGAAAAUGUCACGAAUGGCCGCCGCACAUGGUUUGCAUUUUGCUCAGGAAAAAUGCUUCACUGUGCGCCUUGUUUUACCCGUCUUGGGACUCAUUUUUUGACAAUUGAAGAAUACCCGAUAACAAUGGUACUUUAGAAAGAAAGGGGAUGAUUAUUACUGACCAUGCUGUUGAGGAAAAAAUCUUGCGUCUAUUGUCUUACGGCAUUUAACAGUUUGAAUCUAAAACUGGUCGUUGACAUAUCUCUGCUGCUUUAGGCAGAUUUUUUGAAUGUUUUUACAGCUUUUUAUUACAAUGACGGAGAUGCUAAAACACGUUUUCUUGUUUUGAAGCGAAAACGAAGAAUAAACACUAGUAUAUUUGAAUAUUCACAGAAUCUAAGGAAGAUGUUAAAAAGGUUAUUUCUUGUUUGAACUUGAUUACAAAAUUAGACACGAAAUCAGCUUAUUGUUGAUAAAGAAAUAUGUUUUCUUGAAGAAGGAUUUCGCAACGAAGAACUAUUUUUUGUGAAGAAUGAUUUCAAACUGAUGCGAAAUAAGGGAUUAUGUUGCACAAUGUGUGUAUUGAGAAACACACAAGUGGAUUAAAACGAAGACAAUGGGCUUGAUAACAUGUUCAAAAAUACCUGCGUGUCAAAAAACAGCUGUCUUCUUUGACAAUGAAGAUGCAUGACAAAGCCCCCGUCAUUUCAAUUGAUGGUUGAUUGCAACCUGCUAGCAGUCUUCAGUUCACUUAUCUAUUUGAUUCUUUAGACUUUUGGUGAAGCUCUGCGCAAGGUUGAUCGAAUAUUUUGUUAAGUUAUCAGUAGAACUGGCGGAAAAGCAGCGAGAAGAUGAAACAGAUCUUGAUACUGGCCUUCCUUUUUCUUGUCACGCUGUUGGGGCUAAUUGAAGCAAAGAAACAUCAUCAUCAUCACAUAAGAAAGGACCACACGAAGGAUUCGCAUCAAUCUUUGAAGCAUCAUUCGGAGAAGCAUGGCGAGCACCACAAGAAGCAUGAAGACCAGGCAACGAACUACUUAGGCUUCAAAGAUCAAGUCAGACAAUUUCAAAUGAAGAUUCGAAGUAUGCUUCCCAGAUGUGAAAGCAUUGAUAAAUGCCCAAAAGGCACUUGCUGCUGGAAAGGAAAGUGCAAGAUGCUCCCCCACAGGAUCAACCAACGGUGCAGUGACCAAUGCCCAUGCAACGACGAAAAAGACAUGUUGUUUUGUCAUCUUAGAACUGAAGGUCAUAACAAGCGCAAGUAUGGAAGAUGCUUUAUCAAAGGAACCGAGAUAGGAAUGAAGGGGGUAAACUUCAUCCCAGAAGCCAUCGAGAAGUUGAAAGAUGUAGAGAAGAAGCUCAAAAAAUUUGGAAGGGAGCAAAGAAAAAUGAAGAGGGAGCAUAAAAAGAAAGACGAUAAACAGAAACGCGGAGGAAAGAAACACAAACAUGCUGGAAAGCGUGGAAACAAGAAACAUGAUGGCAGAAGGCACAAACAUCAUAAGGAGAUGAUUUAAGGGAAAGAACAUUUUAAGGGUGGUUUGCACCAGAGACAGUCCAAGUCUACACCAUUCAAGAAAUACUAAAUUGGAUCAAUAGCCUGUUUUUACACUUAAAUGAGCGGUUUUCUCGCAUUUUUUUGUUUUAGACAUUUUUAAGUCUGAAAAAAACUUGUCCAGAGUGCUGUAUGAAUAUUAUUAUCAAGUUAUCAAAUAUUAACGAGCAGGAGCAAUACAACUAUGUUUUACGUAGAAUUUGUAGAAAAAUGCUUUUUUCUUAUAACUGACAACAACAUAGAUCACAGCAGAACACAACAGUUAAUGAAACUGCUCUUUUUCUUCUUAAGAUCAGAUACAUGUAACAAGAUUAUGGUCAACAUUAUGUUAAUUCAGAAA